AUGGGCAAGACAGAGCACAAAACCCAGGCAUCAAACACCAGCUUCAAGAAAAAGUACAAGGGUGUCCGAAUGAGAAGCUGGGGCUCAUGGGUCUCCGAAAUCCGGGCGCCCAAUCAGAAGACCCGAAUCUGGCUCGGCUCCUACUCCACCCCGGAAGCCGCCGCCCGUGCCUACGACGCCGCCCUCCUCUGCCUCAGGGGCCCCUCCGCAAAUCUCAACUUUCCAAACUCCCAAAACGGGCCCCCUCCAGAAUCCGAAUUUGCGGACGCGUCCCCCAAAUCCAUCCAGAGGAUCGCGGCCGCCGCCGCCGCCAGAGCCGGCGAUGCGUCGUCGUCGUCGUCCUCAUCGUCGUCAUCCAACGGCUCUGCUCUGUCGCCCUCUCUGUCUUCGUCUUCGUCCCCUGUUACGGAGGCGCGUGUCGAGGAAGAUCUGAUUUCGCUGGCGGCCAGCGCCGACGACGACGACUGCCGGUGGUACAACUUCGAAAGCCCGAAGUACGACGACGUGAUGAGUGGGGAUUUUUUUGAUUCGUUCGUGGGUUUGGAUGAUUUUUGUGAAGACGGAGAUAUCAGGCUGUGGAGCUUCUGCUGA